CCGUUCUCUCUCCUCUCCGUGCCACCACAGCCGCCGCCUCCCCACCAACCUGCCCCUCCCCGCUCCCGACAUCCGAGGCAGGCAGCGCCUCCGCCGCGACCGCCAUGGCGUUCGAGAAGAUCAAGGUCGCCAACCCCAUCGUCGAGAUGGACGGUGAUGAGAUGACCAGAGUAUUCUGGCAGUCUAUCAAGGACAAGCUUAUCUUCCCAUUUUUGGACUUGGACAUCAAAUACUUUGACUUGGGAGUUCUGCACCGCGAUGCAACUGAUGACAAGGUUACAGUGGAGGCUGCAGAGGCUACUCUCAAGUACAAUGUGGCUAUUAAGUGUGCAACUAUUACUCCAGAUGAAGAUCGGGUUAAGGAGUUCAACCUAAAACAAAUGUGGAGGAGCCCAAAUGGCACAAUUAGGAACAUUAUAAACGGCACCGUGUUCAGAGAGCCAAUUAUAUGCAAGAAUGUCCCAAAGCUUGUUCCAGGAUGGACUAAGCCCAUCUGCAUUGGAAGGCAUGCUUUCGGUGAUCAGUACAGAGCAACUGAUGCCGUUCUCAAGGGACCUGGCAAACUCAGACUAGUUUUUGAGGGAAAAGACGAGACGGUUGACCUUGAGGUUUUUAACUUCACUGGUGCUGGAGGAGUUGCCAUGGCUAUGUACAACACAGAUGAGUCAAUUCGAGGUUUUGCUGAAGCUUCUUUGGCAAUUGCUUAUGAGAAGAAAUGGCCGUUGUACCUUAGCACAAAAAACACCAUCCUUAAGAAAUAUGAUGGCAGGUUCAAGGACAUUUUCCAGGAGAUUUAUGAAGCUGGCUGGAAAUCCAAAUAUGAGGCUGCCGGAAUAUGGUAUGAACAUCGUCUCAUUGAUGACAUGGUUGCCUAUGCACUUAAGAGCGAAGGAGGCUAUGUUUGGGCUUGCAAGAACUAUGACGGAGAUGUGCAGAGUGAUUUCUUAGCUCAAGGUUUUGGCUCUUUGGGCUUGAUGACGUCAGUAUUGAUGUGCCCUGAUGGUAAAACAAUCGAAGCCGAAGCUGCCCAUGGCACAGUCACUCGUCAUUUCCGUGUUCACCAGAAAGGUGGUGAAACCAGCACAAACAGCAUUGCUUCCAUCUUUGCUUGGACAAGAGGACUUGCACACAGGGCAAAGCUAGACGACAACGCUAGACUUCUUGAAUUUGCACAGAAACUUGAGGAAGCGUGUGUCGGAACUGUGGAGUCUGGGAAGAUGACUAAGGACCUUGCACUCCUUGUUCAUGGAUCUUCAAAAGUGACAAGAAGUGAUUACCUGAACACUGAAGAGUUCAUUGACGCAGUUGCUGCUGAGCUCAAAUCAAGACUGUGAAAGUCCUCUUCCACUUCAAUGCUUCAAUAGUCACUACUCAUCGAUUCAAGUCAUUUUGGUUAUGUCGCCAUUAUCUGUCAUGCUAUCAUCCUGAACAGACCGAGCUUUUACUGCACCGUAGCAUAUUAUUGUCAAAAAAUGCAAGCGAUUCUGUAGAUGCUGAUGGUAUGUAAGUGGAGCUUACAAUAAAGGACAUCUAGAACAAUUAUUCACAUCUGAUGAUUGUGUCAUUUCUAA